UCUCCCUCUCCGGCCUCCGUCGACGUCUUCGUGUGCGGCCGCGGCUCCUCGGCUCCUCAAAGGCUCUCAUCUGCAGCGUACGACUGCCAUCCGCAGCUGCGAGGUCGCCGCCUCUGUCUGGGCGCCGCGCUCCUCCACGUGCCGCCGCCGCCUCAUCUGCGCUCGCACCGCCGCUGCGCUGCGCCCGCCGCCAACGUCCGCCGGGCAGCACACAACGGGCGCACGCCGCCGCGCCUCCGCCGCGCCUCCGCCUGCUCCGCCGCACUCACCUCCAUCCUCCGCUCUCCCACCUCCGCGCCCGCCGCCGCAUCCCAUGGCCCGCCCAGCUGGGGCCCGCCCGCUGCCCGUGCCGCCGAGCCACGACGCCUGGUACGAGGCCGAGGAGCGCAUGCGCCCGUCCUACAUCGCACCGCCGCCGCAACGCAUCCGCGCUCCCCUCGGCUACGGCCAGCCCAGCUCGCCGCCCGCCGCCAGCAAGCCGCCGCAGAGCCCCUCGGCGCGCUUCAACAGCCAGCAGCAGCAGCAGCCGCACUCGGCCGCCGGCGCCUACCAGCCGUACGCCUCGCAGCCGCAGUACGCCUACGCCUCGCAGCCGCACCGCAGCGUCACGUCGCCGGCGCCACUCGCAUACGCGCGCCCGCCGCCGCAGCAGCAGCAACAGCACGCCUACAUGAGCCACGACAGCCAGCAGGGCUACGCCCGCUCGCCCGAGCCGGCGUACUACAGCCCGCCCGGCGCCUUUGAGGACUCGCGCGCCGGCAGUGCCUUCAUGCACAAGGGCUUCUUCGACAUCCUCUCGCUAGUCAACAACUCGCCGGCGCCCGGUCCGGCACCUGCUCGCGUGAACACUGCGGCGCCCUCGUCUCCGUCGCGCAUCAAGGCGACACUGUCGCGCGCUACUGGCGGCCUGCGCAAGGCAGUGAACCGCGACGCCCCUGGGGAUCCGUUUGCGCCUCCAGCGCGCAGCUCGCCCGGCCAGGGCGCGGCGCCCUCGCAGUCGUCCUACGCUACCGCGCAGGCGACGCCGAGCGGCAGCUGGGACCAGCCCGUGACACGCGCGGCCAAGAAGCGCAUCAGCGUCGACAUGAUCAGCGCGCCUAAGGCCGGCACGUUUGUCCACGCCGCACACGCGAGCGAUGCCGAGCAGGCCGAGGUGAUCCUGCGCCGCUGGGGCCGAGAUGGCGUCGGCAAGAUUGCUGAUCCCGCCUGGAUCGGCCCGAUCAAGACCGCCAUGCGGCAGCAAGCGAUCCGCGACCAGGCCGAGGCGGUGGCGCAGGUGCAGGCGGCGAUGCACCAGGACUCGAUCAUCCAAGAGCAGCCGCGGCAGCUGCACAUCGUCAAUGGCGCGCCCAGCCUCAGCCAGACGGUCUCGCAGCUGACCAUCGGCACGACAACGACGGCCACGAUCGGUCACGGCAGCGGCAACAGCCCUCUCGAGGCGCGCCAGGCGUUCAAUGGCAUCGCCGAGGAGCAGCGCGGCUCCGACGGCGAGGCGCAGGACGCGCCGUACCCUGCUGAGCUGAGUACCCCACCCUCCUCGCCGCCCGGACGACGACUAGGCGCCUCGCCGUCGCCUGCAGCGCGGCCCAUUGCGCCGGGAUUCCCGCGCAGCAACACGGGCGGCACCAUGCUUGUCGCUCAGUCGCCGGAGCCGGCACAGGCAGGCAUGGACGCGCCAGACUAUCUCGCAUACAUGCCUGCUGUGGAGCCCAAGUCCAUCGAGGGCCUACCGGGCGCGGCACCUGGAGGCAUCGGCGCGCUGUUCGCUGCUGACCCGGCGGCACGGCCUACGUCGAUGGUCGUGCGCGACGCAGACGUGCCAAUGGGCGGCCUUGUGCUGCACCGCCAGGCGACGGCCGAGACGCUGCCAGAGCGCAUGGCGCUCAAUGCCGGCGCUGCGCUGCGCCCCUCGCUGACGACCGUCGAGAAGAGCGUAGCGGCCAAGAUCUUCUUCGAGAAUCUGUACUACGGCAUUCUCAAGGCGCCCCGCGCGCGCGACACGCGCCGCGCCGGACUCGAGGCCGAGCUGGCCUCGCUGCGCAUUCCCGAGGCAAGCAAGGAGGCGAUCCGCGCCAAGUGGAUCGCCAACGAGACGGAGUACCUGCGCGACAUUCGCGCGCGCGUCAACGUCAACAGCUUCGCCAAGCUCAAGACGAUCGGCCACGGCGCGUUCGGCGUUGUGGCGCUCUGCCGCGAGCGCGGCACGGGCGAGUUAUUUGCGAUGAAGCAGCUGCGCAAGGCCGACAUGCUGCGCAAGGGCCAGGAGGGCCACGUGCGCGCCGAGCGCGAUCUCAUGACGAGCGCGAGCGCCAGUGCGAGCGCAAAGUGGAUCGUGAAGCUCGUCUACUCUUUCCAGGACGUGGACCACCUCUACCUGAUCAUGGAGUUCAUGGGCGGCGGCGACCUGCUCAACCUGCUCAUUGAGAAAGACAUCUUCGCCGAGGACUUUGCCAAGUUCUACGUCGCCGAGAUGAUCCUCUCGAUCAACGAGGCGCACCGCCUCGGCUACAUCCACCGCGACAUCAAGCCCGACAACUUCCUCUUCACGGCCGCCGGCCACAUCAAGCUGGCCGACUUUGGCCUGUGUCAGAGCUUCCACUGGGCGCACGACGGCGCGUACUACGACCAGCAGCGGAAGAACAUGCUCAAGAAGCAUGGCAUCGACCUCGAGGACUCGCGCACGGGCGCUGCGAGCCGCGCGAGGGCGGCGGCGGCGCGCAAGGCCGUCGGCGGCGCAGCACCGGGCCUGCCGGGCGCCGGCCUCGACGAGCGCCAGCUCAACGAGGUCAUGAGCGACCGCAACCACGACGGCACGCCGCUCACGCACGUGCUGACGUGGCGCGACAAGAACAAGAAGAAGAUCGCCUACUCGGUCGUCGGCACGAACAACUACAUGGCGCCCGAGGUGCUGCGCGGCCUCGGCUACGACCAGUCGUGCGACUGGUGGUCGCUCGGCGUCAUCGUGUUCGAGAUGCUGUACGGCUACCCGCCGUUCGUGUCCAAGUCGCGCCACCUGACGCGGCAGAAGAUCCUCAACUGGCGCCAGACGCUGCGCUUCCCGCCCAAGCCGCGCAUCUCGCGCGAGGCGCAGGACUUCAUCACGCGCCUCAUCUGCGAGAAGGAGGACCGCCUCGGCAGCACGACGACGGCGUCGGUCAGCCGGCCCAACUCGCUGCUGCAGGGCUCGCGCCAGCGCAGCGGCUUUGCGCCGCCCGGCGGCAACGGCACGAGCAGCGCGCCCUCGGGCCUGGCCGACGGCGUCGACGACCUGAUGGCGCACCAUUGGUUCCGCGGCAUCGACUGGAGCGCGCUGCACACGCAGAAGGCGCCGUUCCGCCCGGCACUCUCGCACCCCGCCGACACGAAGCACUUCGAGGAGGGCAUCGAGGACGAGCCGCUGCCGGCGCCCGGCGCCGCUGAGGCGGCCAAGGACGGCCAGCCGGCGCCCGUGGAGCAGCCGCGCGAUCCGAUGCUGCGCGACAAGGACCACGGCGAGCGCCUGCUUGAGAUGCGCAAGCAGCUUGCCUUUGUCGGCUACACGUUCAAGUCGCCCAAGUCGUUUGAUGCGCGCACGCAGCUCAGCGAGAGCAAGAUCAUUGCCGCCGAGCGCGCCGCUGCCGGCCAUGCGCCCGCCGUGCCCAUCCCGGUGCCCGAGGGCGGCUCUCGCAUGCGUGCCAUGAGCUUCUGAAGCGCAUGUCCCUCUCCCUUUGCCUUAUGACCCGAUACCCGCCCCCACGCCUCCACGAACCACGCGGCGUCGUUCGCAUGCCCCCCUCCACGCCUGUCUCCCACGUGCUUCAUGUCUCCAUCUCUCUCUUGAGACGGCCUCUAGGCUCACUGCGCUCCCGUAAUGCCAUCUCACGAUCACGCCGG